UUACAAACACCCCAUGCCACCUGGUACAGCCAGUGUGGUCAUGGCUGAUGAGUUGGCAGCACAGACACAGAACAUUGUCGUCAUUACAGAAUUCUACCGGACACACUGGAGCUCCAGGAGAUCCAAGUGUUUUCCCCCCUCAUGUAGUAGGGCCUAGGGCCUUUUCCUACAGACCAUGAUGACUGGAAGGAAUUGGGAUGGUGGGACGCAGGGGUGUUUGGGAAGUGGAGAAGUGUUGGUUCCUUUUGGCCAGGUCCAAAGAGAAAAUGUAGUCCUUGUUUCUGUCACAUCUGGCACUAGGGACAAUGACUUUAUUGUGUAGUUGGGCCGAUGACUUCCAGAAGAGGGUGGGACAGCCCAGAAAGCACAUCAGUUGGGAGCCAGGGCCCCAGCCUGUUUCCAUCCUAAGCUGGCUCUGCCCUCUCGUAUGGAUCCGUGGGUCCCCUGCACACAUUCACAAGGAUCACCAAGGGUGCUGGAUUCUCAUUUCUUAGACCCUGGCCAGGUCUUGGCUUCACAAUCCAAAUUAAGCACACAGGCCCUUCUUUGUGGCCUGGUCACUAGCCGUCACACAUCCCUUUUCAGGUGGAGUUUCUGGUCUGACCUUGCUCAUUUGGUUCAUUUUGGAGUUGAAUCAUAUCUUUUUUUUGGAUGUUGCAUAUUUCAUCCUGCGACUCAGCCUUGGGAAGAGUGGAGGUGACUGAAUUUUAGUUGAGGGACAGAAAUUUUCUCACCUCCCACAGUUCAUGGCCCCAGAGAUCCUCACUCUUCCCGGAGACUGUGCCUGUCUUGGCCACCUGAUGGUUGUGGUGCACAGAAGAGCCGACAUCAUAUCCAUCUGCAGCCUAAGGCUUCCUAUGGCCAAAGAUCACGAUGAAGCCUGUAUCUAGUCGCUGAAGGACAGGUAGACUUGUUUUUUUGCCUUAUACUCCCUACCCCUAUGCCGGUCUGUACCUGGACCCCGUUCACUGACCCAGGAAGCGGGCCUGGGCAGAAGCCACAGGGAGUCACGAGACUAAAUUUCUCCAGGAUGUGCAUGGGCCUGCCUCACCUUUGCAUUCCUGGGCCUAGCACAGAUCUGGUACCCACCAGGCUCUUGAUGUUUGGAGAAUUAAUGAGGGUGGUCAGGAGAGAUUAGAAACAUCUUUGAGCCCUGAUGAAACACUGAAUCAGAGAUUUCUAGACUUCUGCUCAAGAUCCGCAGGGAAGGUGGGACUUGAAUGGUAGCUAAUUUGGGGCCUUUUCCACAGCUGGAGGAGACUAGUCCCUGAUUUGCACAUGCCAGCUGAUCUCUGGGCCAGCUGGGCCAGCCUCACCUAGAGUUCUUGUUGGAAAUGGCUCCGAUGUCUAUUUUUCACAAACAGCCCAGUGAUAACCAGGGAGUUCGUGAACAGAAGUGCUGACCAGACUCCGAGAGCCUUUUGGAGAGGGACUGAGCUGCCUCCUGCCUGGGAAAAUUAGGCUCCAGUCACUUCCUGGAGCAUGUCAAACCCCACCUCCAGCAGGGCAUCCAGCCUGAGUCCUUCCUCUGCAGAGCAGGCAGCUCCACCCUUUCUGCUCAGCUCUACCUGUCACACCUGAGCCAGCAGUUUGUGUAGUCAGAGGAGCACAGACAGGGCUGCAUGCUGGGGCCUGGGCUGCCCAGCCAUGCUCUGGGCACUCUGGCCAAGGUGGCUGGCAGGCAAAAUGCUGCCCCUCCUGGGGGCAGUGCUGCUUCGGAAGAGCGAGAAGAGGGGCCCUCCUUGGAGGCACUGUUGGCGGGAAACCCACCCAUACUAUGACCUCCAGGUGAAGGUGCUGAGGGCCACAAACAUCCGGGGCACAGACCUGCUGUCCAAAGCCGACUGCUACGUGCAACUGUGGUUGCCCACGGCAUCCCCCAGUCCUGCCCAGACUAGGAUAGUGGCCAACUGCAGUGACCCCGAGUGGAAUGAGACCUUCCACUACCAGAUCCAUGGCGCUGUGAAGAACGUCCUGGAGCUCACCCUCUAUGACAAGGACAUCGUGGGCAGUGACCGGCUCUCCCAGCUCCUGUUUGACCUGAGGAGCCUCAAAUGUGGUCAACCCCACAGACACACCUUCCCACUUGACCACGAGGAUUUACAAGAGCUGCAGGUGGAAUUCCUUUUGGAGAAGAGCCAGGUACCUGCGUCUGAAGUCAUCACCAAUGGGGUUCUGGUGGCUCACCCCUGUCUGAGAAUCCAGGGCACGCUCCAGCGAGAUGGGACAGCCCCAUGUCAAGAGUUCGGCUCUAGGCAGCUCCAGCUGGCAGUGCCUGGGGCCUAUGAGAAGCCACAGCUCUUGCCUCUGCAGCCUCCUGCAGAGCCAGGCCUCCUACCCACCUUCACCUUCCACGCGAACCCAGUGCUGAGCUCCAGGCUGCACGUGGAGCUGAUGGAGCAGCUCGCGGCUGUGCAGAGUGGCCCCAGCAUGGAGCUGGAGACUCAGACCAGCAAGCUGGGCGAGGGAGGCAUCCUGCUCUCCUCUCUGCCCCUAGGCUGGGAGGAACAGCGUUCUGUGGCCCUGGGGGAGGGUUAGGAAGUGGCUCUGAGUGUGAAGGUGGAAAUGAGCUCCGCGGACCUGGACCUACGCCUUGGCUUUGACCUCUGUGAUGGGGAGCAGGAGUUUCUGGACAGGAGGAAGCAGGUUGUGUCCAAGGCCCUGCAGCAGGUGCUGGGAUUGAGUGAGGCUCCGGACAGUGGCCAGGUGCCUGUAGUGGCUGUGUUGGGUUCCGGGGGUGGAACCCGAGCCAUGUCUUCUCUGUAUGGCAGCCUGGCGGGGUUGCAGGAGCUCGGCCUCCUAGACACUGUGACCUACCUGAGUGGGGUCUCUGGAUCCACCUGGUGCAUCUCCACACUCUACAGGGACCCACUCUGGUCCCAGGUGGCCUUGCAGGGCCCCAUUGAGCGUGCCCAGGUUCGCGUCUGCAGCAGUAAGAUAGGAGCUUUGUCCACGGAGCGGCUACAGUACUACACUCAGGAACUUGGGGUCCGGGAGCGCAGUGGCCACAGUGUGUCACUCAUCGACCUCUGGGGCCUUCUCGUGGAAUAUUUCCUGUACCAGGAGGAGAACCCUGCCAAGCUGUCUGACCAACAGGAGGCGGUCCACCAGGGUCAGAACCCUUACCCCAUUUACGCCGGUGUCAACGUCCGCACCAACAUCAGUGGGGAAGACUUUGCAGAGUGGUGUGAGUUCACCCCCUAUGAGGUCGGCUUCCCCAAGUAUGGGGCGUAUGUUCCCACCGAGCUCUUUGGCUCAGAGUUCUUCAUGGGACGAUUGCUGCAGCUCCAGCCCGAGCCCCGGAUCUGCUACCUGCAAGGUGUGUGGGGCAGUGCCUUUGCUGCCAGCCUGGAUGAGAUCUUCCUAAAGACUGCCGGCUCAGGCCUCGGCUUCCUGGAGUGGUACAGAGGCAGUGUGAAUAUCACAGAUGACUGCCAGAAGCUUCAGCUGCACGACCCCUCGAGGCUUCGGACUAGGCUCCUCACCCCCCAAGGGCCCUUCUCCCAGGCUGUGCUGGACAUAUUCACCUCCCGCCUCACUUCCGCCCAGAACUUUAACUUCACCCAGGGCCUUUGCUUGCACAAGGACUAUGUGGCUGGCAGGGAGUUCGUGACCUGGAAAGACACACACCCGGAUGCCUUCCCCAACCAGCUCACUCCGAUGCAGGACUGUCUGUACCUGGUAGACGGAGGCUUUGCCAUCAACUCCCCAUUCCCACUGGCUCUGCUGCCUCAAAGAGCGGUGGACCUCAUCCUGUCCUUCGACUAUUCCUUGGAAGCCCCUUUUGAGGUCUUGAAGAUGACAGAGAAGUACUGCCUGGACAGAGGAAUCCCCUUCCCUACCAUCGAGGUGGGCCCUGAGGACAUGGAGGAGGCCCGCGAGUGCUACCUGUUUACCAAGGCCGAGGACCCCCGCUCGCCCAUCGUGCUGCACUUCCCCCUUGUUAACAGCACCUUCCGCACACACCUGGCCCCAGGUGUGGAGCGACAAACAGCUGAGGAGAAGGCCUUUGGGGACUUUAUGAUCAACAGGCCAGAUACCCCCUAUGGCAUGAUGAACUUCACCUAUGAGCCCCAGGACUUUGAUCGGCUGGUGGCCCUGAGCCGGUACAAUGUUCUGAAUAACAUGGAGACCUUGAGGUGUGCCCUCCAAAUGGCUCUGGACCGGCAGAAGGUUGGGGGCUGACCAAGGCAGGAGACAGAGGACUGUGACCCAGAGGAGACACCCUGCUCAAAGCCAGGGCGUGUAGAGGGAGGAGCAAUGGGAACUCUGUGCGGGGUCUGCUGCCCUUCUCUCUAGGACCUGCCUCAAGGUGCCCCAGACCCUGGAAAGCUCUUGCACAAUUGCAGCUUGGACUUGCGGCAGUGGCCUCCUCUUGGAGAAGAUGGGGCAGUAGAUCUCUCCAGGGGAUCUUGGGGAAUCGAGGACAGAAGACAGCAGCACUCAUUUCACAGCCAGGUGUGGAGAGAAUCAGGUACACCACAGGGCCCACCCCAGGCACAGAAGGACCUCAGAGGGCCCGGGUCCUCAGACCCACACAGAACAGGGGCUGAGGGUGCCGAGGUGCCAGCUGUCCUCCUCAUACCAAGAUGGAAAACAGAGACCAAUCCACCCAUACUUCCUGCAGAAUGGCCCAAGCCCCAACCCCACCUCAAGCUCCUGGAUGCACUGCUGUCAAGAAUCAAGAACAAGGUGCUGGGUGGGUGACUCCAUCGUUCUAACCCUCCUUCUGCUUUCUGGCCUCCUCAUGCCUCCUCCCAGAUCACCCUUUUCUUCCCAGCAUCCUAAAGCCUGUGGGGUGCUCCAGGUGGGAGAUGUGAAAUGUCCCCCUGCUAAUCACCCAUGCUUCAACCUUUGAGUAUGUGCCACAUUCUCUGGUCAUGUGCAUGGUGGCCACGUUAUGCAGAUAUAGUCUCACCAUUCCCAGGAGCUAAAUGGGUGUGUCCAGAAGGGGCAUCUGUUCAUCGGGCGAGAGUGGAUGUAUUCCUGUAUGUGGGGCAGGGGCUGUGCUAGUUCCGGGGGGUGGGUAGGUGGCAAGGCCUGGGCGGGGCACAGGAAGCCUCGCCUGGGCUCCUGCCCCUUUCCCAGAUGCAUCACUGGUCUGGGCAAGUCUUGUUUGUUGCUCUCCCUCUUUCCCAUUCCCCUGACCUGCCAGGAACUCUUCAAAUUAUCUAGAACCUCCCUUGUGGGCAGCACUAAGAUCUCUGAAGAAGAGGAGAUCCCUUUCCAGCCAGGCCCUCUCCAUCUGGCUGUGGCCUCUGCAGCAUAUGCCCCAGUGCUAAGCCACCUGGGACCCUGCAGCGGCACUUGAGCCCCUGUGCCGCCUUCUCUGCACUCUCACACAAACAUGCUGUCAGGGACCACAGCCACAGUCCGACUUCAGUCAGGGAUACCAGUGCUGGGAAGCCUCACCUGUGCGGAGUCUGGGAAGAAGGUGCUAGUUCUGGCUCCUGGGUGGGGGAAGGGUGACCAGAGCCCAGCCUCUGUCUUGGCCUGGCCUGGUCUGGGACUCACAGGCAUCCAGCUGGCAUGAGCUGUGAGGACGGGGGGAGCAGUGCUUUGGGCUGGCAUGGGGUGGGGGCAUCUCAGUUCUCCCCGCCACCUCCUCACUACGGCUGCCUGUCACAGGCCACCGCCCCUCCUCUGGGCUCAGCAGUGAGGGAUUUAUCUGGGAGUUGAUCUGGCUCCUGCUGCGGCCACCGUCAUCAACACCGCUGUGCCUUCCGUCAUCAAUACCGCUGUGCCUUCCGUCAUCAAUAACUUGUUAGUAGAAUGUUCAUAGGGUUCACAGCUUAGAACUGCACAGCCUUCACAACUUAGAAUCUGCUGUGUUUCUUCAGUGCCUCAUAGAGCUUCAGGCUGUCCCUGGCUCCUAGAAAGUCAAUCUACUGAUGGUGAGGAUUUUUGUCUGUUUUGUUCAUUGCUGUAUCCUCAGUGCCCAAAGCAGCGGCUAAUACAUGGUAGCUGCUCAGUAAAUAUUUGAUAAAUGAA